GUCUUUUCUUGUUUUCAAUUUGUUGUUUCUUGCUAGUCAUCCUUUAAUUUCAUUUUUAUACAUCAGAAAUUAUAAACUAACAAGAAAUUCCAGAUUUUAUCAUUUUUUUUAAAUUCAGUUCUUCAUAAAAUAAACCAAAAAUGACAGCAGUAGAUCCCGAUCGCGAAAAGGUCCUACAGGAUUACCGAAAAAAAUUGAUGGAGCACAAGGAAGUGGAGUCCCGGUUGAAAGAAAUGCGAGAACAACUUAAGGAUCUCACAAAACAGUAUGAUAAGUCUGAAAAUGACUUGAAAGCUUUACAGAGCAUGGGUCAGAUAGUGGGUGAAGUCUUAAAGCAGCUGACUGAAGAAAAGUUUAUUGUUAAAGCCACUAAUGGUCCUAGAUAUGUGGUAGGAUGUAGGCGGCAACUAGAUAAAGCAAAACUGAAAGCUGGAACUAGAGUGGCUCUGGAUAUGACUACAUUAACAAUAAUGAGGUAUUUGCCAAGGGAAGUUGAUCCAUUAGUGUACAAUAUGAGCCAUGAAGAUCCUGGUGAUGUUACUUACUCAGCAAUUGGUGGUUUGUCUGAACAAAUUAGAGAGCUCAGGGAAGUUAUAGAGCUACCUUUGUUAAACCCAGAGCUUUUUAUGAGGGUUGGAAUCACACCUCCAAAGGGGUGUCUUCUUUAUGGUCCACCAGGAACUGGCAAAACUUUAUUAGCCAGAGCAGUAGCAUCCCAGCUUGAUGCUAACUUUUUGAAGGUAGUAUCUAGCGCAAUUGUAGACAAGUACAUUGGUGAAUCUGCUAGACUGAUUAGGGAAAUGUUCAAUUAUGCCAAGGAUCACCAACCCUGUAUUAUUUUUAUGGAUGAAAUUGAUGCUAUUGGUGGAAGAAGAUUUUCUGAAGGUACUUCAGCUGAUCGUGAAAUUCAAAGAACUUUGAUGGAACUGCUUAAUCAAAUGGAUGGCUUUGAUUCUUUGGGACAAGUUAAAAUGAUUAUGGCAACCAACAGACCGGAUACUUUGGAUCCCGCCCUUCUCAGGCCAGGUCGUUUAGACAGAAAAAUUGAAAUUCCUUUGCCAAAUGAGCAGGCAAGAUUGGAAAUUUUAAAAAUUCACGCGUGUCCCAUUGCCAAGCAUGGGGAAAUCGAUUAUGAAGCCAUUGUAAAACUUUCAGAUAACUUUAACGGUGCGGAUUUAAGAAACGUGUGCACAGAAGCGGGACUAUUUGCCAUUCGCUCAGAACGAGAAUAUGUCAUUCAGGAGGACUUCAUGAAAGCGGUGAGGAAAGUUGCUGAUAAUAAAAAACUGGAAAGCAAACUCGAUUAUAAACCUGUUUAAGUUUCUUUUUUUUUCAUUUUUCUCAAUGUUUUAAUGAGAGAGUGACAGUAACUAAACAUUUAUUUAAUCCUAUUUGUGUAAAGAUUUAAGUACUCCAAUAAUAAACAGAAAAUUUCUA